AUGGAAUGCAAGUGUUGGAUAACAGCAAGUAUUGGACAAGAAGGUUCUAAAAAACCAAAAUUUAUAAGAAUACUUUUUGCAUCAGUACUUGAAACAGUUAUUGAACCAUUAGAAAAUUCAUCAUACAAAGCAAAUCGUCUAAAACUUGAUUACUUUUUACCGCUCAUUGCACGUUAUGUUAACAAGGAUCAAGAACUUGAACUUCAAUGUUUAUAUGCCCUCACUGCUUUUAAUUAUAAAUUGGAAAAUCCUCGAGGUGUUUUAAGCAUGAUAGUUGAUAAACUUUAUGAAUCUAGAGUAGUGUCAGACAAGGUUUUUUUGGCAUGGCUAAGUUGCCCCGAUAAAGCUGAAAUGUUGGGUCAUGGUUGUGCUGUAUUAGCUCUUACAUCAUUCCUUGUUCAACUCAAAGAGGGUCAUGAAGAAUCAAGCGAGAAAGCUUGA